AUGAACAUGCUCAACAUUUGGCCGUUUUUACUAUUAUUUCUUCAAUAUACAACUGCACUAUCUUACGAAGAGGCGCUUAGGAUUGCAUCUAAAAAAGAUGGUUUAUUAUACGUUAAUGGUAAGAGCUACGAGAAACUCAUAAAGAACGAAAACUAUAGUUUUGUUAUAUUUCUAACAGCAGAGGAUGCACGAGUCGGAUGCACAUUGUGCCAUGAUUUUGGUCCAAAGUACAAGGCCAUCGCUAAGCAAUAUUUUGAGAACUUGAAUGAUCCUCAGAGUGGCAUGUAUAACCCAAUUGACAGUGACAAUGAUAAGUCGAGAGUUAUUUUCGGAUUUUCAGAUUACAUGAGUGCACAAACUUAUUUCGAAAAAUUGGGAAUGACAUCAGUUCCGAAGUUGUUAUACUAUGAACCGGGAAAAGCUCCUCAAUUGGCGGAUUUUACCAAUGAAUUUUCCUUUUUAACAGUUGAAAAUACAGACAGCUAUACCAGAUGGCUUGCACAGAAUAUUCCAGGUCUGGACCCAAAGUUUUUAGAAGUUCAAAUCCCAGUAUCAAAAUCCAAGCUCUAUACUUCUAUUGCAAUUGGGAUUGCAUCACUAGCUCUACUAUUCAAAUUUCGGUCUUCAAUCUUCAAAGUUGUCCAACAGAAAACUGUUUGGGAAGUGUUCUCAUUGAGUUUGAUUAUACUUUUUAUUUCCGGCUAUAUGUUCAAUCAAAUUAGAAACUCAGAAACUAGUAGAAAAGAUAAGGAGGGUAAUGUUGUAUAUUUUGCCAAAGGAUUCAACAUGCAGUUUGGUGCAGAAACCCAGAUCAUAUCGAUCGUUUAUACAAUCUUGAGUGGUUGUUUGUUUUCAUUGAUCAAAAUUUUACCAAAUCUCAAAAAAAGCACAACAAAACUUGUGGCUUCAGUUACUGUAUGUUUCAUCAUGUUUAUAGUCUACAGUUACCUAGUUGAAGUUUAUCAUUUGAAGUCAUCAACAUAUCCAUUUCACCUCUGGAAUGCAUUUAAAAGUUCCUAG